AUAACAGGGAAUUCUGUCCCCAGGGUGGGGGAAGGGCCAGGCAGGUAGCUGGAGGCAAGUCUCCCUGAGCCAGCUGCUGACCCUAGUCCCUGUGAUCUGGGGAGGUACCUGGUGGAGGGCCAUAGUGUGCACUGGUGAAAGGGCAGGAGGAGGGGUGUGGCCCCGGGCAUAAGGGGAGGCGGCAGAGAAGGGGCCUGUGCUCAGCCUAUCUGGGCCCUGGCACGGGCACCCAAGAGUGAGGUGGGGUCAUAGGGACGGCCAGAUAAUGGGGAGCCAUGGGUCCAGGGGGCCCUACUUCCUGGUCUUCCUGCUGCUGCUGCUGCUGCUGCUGCUGCUUCCUCCACCGCUUUUUAGAGCAGGGAGCCUUCGGUACCAUGGACCUGACUGGAGAAUCUUUCACCGCCUGGCCCUGGGCUCCAGGAGGGCCCACCACCGCCAUGGCCCAGGAUGGAGGCAGCACUGGUGCCAGGGCCAAGCAGGUCACAGAUGCCAGGGCUCAUUUGACCUCUACUUCAUCUUGGACAAGUCUGGCAGCGUGAACAACUGGAUUGACCUUUAUAUGUGGGUGGAGGAAACAGUGGCGAGGUUCCAAAGGAAUAGAAUAAAAAACUGUCUUGACCAGCUUCAGAAAAUUGUGCCGGACGGACACACAUUCAUGCAGGCAGGAUUUAGAAAGGCAAUUCGACAGAUCGAAAGUUUCAACUCCGGAAACAAGGUUCCCAGCAUGAUUAUUGCUAUGACCAACGGAGAACUGGUGGCACAUGCAUUUAAGGACACUCUCAGAGAAGCUCAAAAGGCUCGGAAACCGGGAGCCAACGUUUACACCCUGGGUGUGGCUGAUUAUAAUCUGGACCAGCUCACGUCAAAGACCUGUCUUGAAAUGAUGUCGGUGGAGUCUUCCUCUGCGUGUGUAGGGAGGGGAGGUACCUCAGCUUAGCCCUUACACAGUCCCAAUUCUCACAGGCUCCCUGCUGCCCAAAGAUCUGCUUUCCACACAGCCAGGAGUGCCUUUCCCUACCACAGGCUCCCUGCAGCCCAAGGAUGUGCCUGAGACACAGCCGGGAGUGCCUCACCCUCAAACAGGCUUGCUGCAGCCCAAGGAUCUGCCUGAGACACAGCCAACACAGCAGGGAGUGCCUUGCCCGCAAACAGGCUCCCUGCAGCCCAAGGAUCUGCCUGAGACACAGCCUGGAGUACUCUUCCCAAGCACAGACUCUGUGCAACCCAAAGAGCUGCCUUCAACCCAGCCGGGAGUGCCUCCCCCUCACCUGCUCCUCCAGGAGCCGCCUCCCCAGUGCUAGAUGCUUGAGGCCUCCCUCCAGGAUGCUGCCACUGCUGUCCCCACUGCUCAGGCACACUGCAGAACCCCCUUUGUCACUCCCCCCCUCAGAGCCCAACUUCUAAGGCACCAAACACCCAAGAUUAACAGGCUUUUGUUGCUGAACUGG